ACGGAUACGCGCACUCCAGAUUCCGUCCUCUGUUAGACAUGGCGGCGGAUCUAAACCCAGACUGGCUCUCUUGCCUGCCUUCUUCUUGGAGUUAUGGGGUUACUCGGGACGGAAGGAUAUUCUUUAUCAAUGAAGAAGCCAAGAGUACGACCUGGCUGCAUCCCGUCACCGGAGAGGCCGUCAUAACGGGGCACAGAAAAACCCCAGAUUUACCAACGGGAUGGGAGGAGGGAUAUACGUUCGAAGGAGCCCGCUGCUUCAUCAAUCACAAUGAGCGGAAGGUGACCUGUAAGCAUCCAGUCUCUGGUCUUCCUUCACAAGACAACUGCAUCUUUGUCGUCAACGAACACGUGACUUCUGCAAAGCUUGUCCACCCCGUUACAGAUCCUGGUACAAUCAACCCUGUUACGGUCAACCCUGUUACGGUCAACCCUGUUACGGUCAACCCUGUUACGGCCAACCCUGUUACAGACCCUAUUACAGACCCUGUAUCAAACAGGCCAAAGGCUCCAGAGCAGGCUCCAUCAGAGGAGAGUGACAGAGUGAAGAAGGAGCGCCCGAUGAGCACCAUGAGCGAGGCGUCUAACUUCACAGGAGGGUCAGACUACAGCACCUACCCUGGCAGCAGCCCCGCCACACGGCCUUCGAGAUCUUACAAAAAGGUCCACAACUUUGGCAAGAGGUCCAACUCUAUUAAGAGGAACCCCAAUGCCCCGGCGGUCAAGAGCAACUGGCUUUACAAACAGGACAGCACGGGGAUGAAGCUAUGGAAGAAGAGGUGGUUUGUGCUGUCUGACAUGUGCCUGUUUUACUAUAGAGAUGAGAAGGAGGAGGGCAUCCUGGGUAGUAUCCUGCUGCCCAGCUUCCACAUCUCCAUGCUGUCUGUCGACGACCACAUCAGCAGGAAAUACGCCUUCAAGGCGACCCACUCCAACAUGAGGACCUACUACUUCUGCACAGACACGGCCAAAGACAUGGAGUCCUGGAUGAAAGUGAUGACGGACGCAGCCCUGGUCCACACAGAGCCAAUCAGAAGACUGGAUAAGUUGAAGGUGGACCGCUGCUGUCCCCAGGAGGUGAACAACAUCCUGAACCACAACCGGGUCCUGACCAGGCCAGAGAUCCAGAACAACGAGAGGAACCGUGAGCCGCACCAGCCCUCCCUCACCCGCAGCAUGGACCGCACGGACGGGGACAGGAAGCACAACACCCUCCAGAGAGAGAGGGAACGCUACACGCUGCAGAGAGACGGCGAGAGAUACUCCCUCCAGAAAGACGGGGUGAGCUACACGCUGCAGAGAGACGGAGAGAGGUACCUGUUGCAGAAAGACGGAGAGCGGUACGCCCUGCAAAAAGACGGGGAGCGGUAUUCCUUGCAGAAAGACGGAGGCGAACGAUGUGCUGUGCAGAAAGAUGUUCCGAUGGAGAAGUACGCACCUCAGAAAGACGGGGAGAAGUACUUGGUACAGAAAGAUGGAGAGAGAUAUGCACUGCAAAAAGGAGAGCGAUACACCCUCCAGAAAGAUGGACAGAAAUACAACCUCCAGAAAGGGGUGGAGAGACAAACGUCUAUGACUGAGAAAGAUCGGUCAGAUCGUUAUGGGACCCUUGAUGAAAGGCAGAAGUAUAAAACCCUACGGGAAGGAAGUAAGUGUGGUACCCUGAGGGAUGGAGAUAAGUAUGGGACGCUCGAUAAGUAUGGUACCCUUAGGGAAGUGGAUAAGUAUGGAACCCUCCGUGAAGGGAACAAGUAUGGAUUCCAGAGGGAUGGUAGUGCUGAGAGGCCUCUGACUAAAAUCAACAGCAUCAAACUCCAACCAGCCCAGGCAGCAGCCAUCGCAGCAGCAGUUACAGCCUCCCGCCAGGUACAGGCCUCCCAGCACAUGGCCCCACCACAGGUCAACGGCUCUGGGGAGCGGGCUGGGGACCACAGCCCAGGGGAGGUGGUAGGCACCCUGGGGAGAGGAGCAGGAAAGGCCCAGGACCCGCCUCCGAACCAGAACCAGCAGGCCCAGGAGCCAGAGAAGAGUCUGACCAGAACCAACUCCAUGAGGCAGCUGGAGAACUGGGUUAGGACCCAGAGGACACAAGAGGAUGACGAUACCAGGAGCAUCACCUCCUACCAGACCUUACCCCGCAACAUGCCCAGCCACCGUGCCCAGAUCGUUCCCCGCUACCCCGAGGGCUACCGUACCCUCCCCAGGAACAUGCUGUCCCGACCCGAGAGCAUCUGCAGCGUGGCUGGCUCCGUCUACGACCGCGCCCUGGCUCCCACGUCCAACUCAGACAAGAGGCGCUCCAUGAGGGACGACACCAUGUGGCAGCUGUAUGAGUGGCAGCAGAGGCAGGCCUUCUCCAGGCAGGGCCCACCACCACCAGGCCACUACGGGACCCUGCCCAGCCCCAAGACCAUGGGGAACAUCUCUGCGCACCAGGGGGUGGCCCACUCCAUCCCCACAUCCCCCUCCCAUGGAUCCCUGGCCCUCUACCAUACCUUCUCCCCUCCGGGCCAGCACCGCAGAGACAACCCACCAGGGUCAACCAGGUCCGAGGUGUCCUCGCCCGUCUUCAGAGGGGACCAGACUGUGACUAUAGACCGCAGGCACAGGACUCACCUCACCAAGUAUAACUACCCACCUGACCGCCGGUCCAUGCCAGCAGGCAUCCCAGUGCAGACCAUUACCCCACAGUCACUACAGGGCAAGACGAGUGAGGUCCUGUCUCAUCACCUUCAGAGGAACCUCAUGUAUCUGGACAGCCAGAUCAGCCCCGAGGACUACAAAGACAACUCCUACAGCCACCAGAGGCCAGAGGACAUAGACACUAAGCUGAGCAGACUAUGUGAGCAGGACCAAGUGGUGAGAACACAGGAGGAGAAACUACAGCAACUACACAGAGAGAAGCACACCCUGGAGACGGCUUUGCUGUCUGCCAGUCAGGAGAUAGAGCAGAGCUCUGACAACCCAGCAGCUGUACAGAGCCUUAUACAGCAGAGAGACGUACUGCAGAAUGGACUGCUCAGUACCUGUAGAGAACUGGCACGGGUCAACACUGAGUUGGAGCGGUCGUGGAGGGAGUAUGAUAAAAUGGAGUCUGGCGUCUCUCUGGCCAAAACCAACCUGUUGGAACAGCUAGAGGCCCUGGGCAGCCCACAGACAGAACCUCCCAGCCAGCAGCAUGUCCACAUCCAGAAGGAGCUGUGGAGGAUCCAGGAUGUGAUGGAGGUUCUGGCCAAGAAAAAACCCCAGAGGACCACUGACACUGGUUUCCUUGGUUCCAAACCCAUCUCAAACCUACAGAAGAACGAGCAAGGCCCAGACUACCGUCUGUACAAGAGUGAGCCAGAGCUGACUACUGUAGCUGAGGAGGUGGACGAUAACAACGGAGAGGACAAUGACAAGGACAGACUACAGACAGGGCUGACUACUGACAAGGAGCCUGCGGCCACUAAAGUCCCAUUAGGAGUACCAGUCUACCCAGUGGGUAUCGUGCCCCCCAGGACCAAAUCCCCCAUGAUCCCCCCAGAGUCCUGCACCAUCGCCUCCUACGUCACCCUGAGGAAGAGCAAGAAGUCUGACCCCAGGAUUGACCGUCCUCACAGUGCGGUGGAGCAGACGUGCGGACCGGGGGAGAGGGAGAGCGGCAGAGCCAGGAUGAGUGUAGAGGAGCAGCUGGAGAGGAUCAGGCGACACCAGCAGGCCUCGCUCAAGGAGAAGAAGAGAAGUAGCAGCAGUAUUUCCCCCUCACGCUCUCCAUCCUUCUCCAAGGAGAACCCCUUCAUUACACAGGUCAGGCGAGAUGUGGUGUUCUCCACAGGCACCCAGGAGCUGGAGGCAGCACUGCAAGACCUGGAGGAGGUCAGAGACCGAGUUACAGAGCAGCUGGAGAGGGACAGAACUGCAGCCGUGGAGCUGGAGAGAGACCGAGGUGCAGAACUGGAGCUGGAGAGAGACAGGGCUGCAGCAGCUGCUGAAGAAGAAAUGGAGAGGGGUCGAGCUGCAAUAGAAAAACUAGAGCGAGACAUGACUGAGGUGGCUGCAGUGGUGGAGCAGGAGAUGGCCAGGACUGCUGUGGCUGUAGAAGAGGAGUUGGACAGGGCUGCAGAAUUGGAGCUGGAGAGAGACCGGGCCGCAGUAGCAGCAGCUGCAGAAGAAUUGGAGAGGGCUAGAGCUGCAGCUGAAGAACUAGUCAGAGGGAGGACUGGAGUGUCUCCAGAAGAGGCGCUGGAUAUUGACACGGCUGCAGUAGUGGAGCUGGAGAUGGAAAUCACUGUGGUGGAGGAGAUCAGCUACAGAGCUGAGGAGGUGGAUGUCAUCCCUGUCCCCAGGCUGAGUGAGGAGGAGCCACAGCCCCGGACGGAGAGCUCCAACAUGGACACAGAGGUGUCAGAGACCCAGGUGAUGGUGAUAUCAGAUCAGGGUGUGAAGCCCUUGUAUGUACAGUACCUGAUCCCUGGACAACAUCAACAGCAGGGGGAGAGGGAGACGGAGAGGAGAAAUACCCACACUCCCAGCACCCUCAUUCCCCACAACAGUUUGCCAGCUGCUGUGUCAGAAGCACUGACUCCUGAACCUGAGGAGGAUGUGAUGCAGAGUGAGGCGAUGCGAGGGGAGGCCCCGGAGCAUGAGACCCAGGGGAACAACAUUGACAUAUCCUAUGAACUACCAGCAGAGGGCGCUAAACUCAACAACCUGAUGGCAGUGAAAAGCCUGCCCCUUCCGCCCCAGUCCUCCUCUCCUUCUCCUCCUCAACUCACUGACGGAUCCCACUUCAUGUGUGUGUAGACGUGUCGAGGAGGUGGUUAUGUGAACUCAACUACACUCACCCAGACAUUGACCUUUGUGAGCAGUGACACAUAAGCGAUGCCAGUCUGAAGAUCCAAGAUGGCAUCCUACAGAGCCAAGAUGGCACCAGUCAGCCUGCACAGAGCAUGCCCAGUAGCUCUCUGUGUGUAUACAAUAGAAAUGACUGUAGCCAGACAGACAGAAAGAGUAGAUCCACAGGCCUGCUCGUAUUACUUACUGCCUGCCUACAUAAUAACUGCGAUACAAAACUCUCUCAUUCACACAGAGAUCUCAGAGGACAAGAUAGUAUUACAGGGUGAUAAUUGAUUAUUAUUAUUAUUAUUAUUACAGGUAUUAUGAUGGUCUGUUAUUUUGAACAUGUUCUGUGAGUAUGCGUUGAGUGUCUAUGAGCUGAGCACUGCUGUAACGAGGAGGGGACUGUACAGUUGUAAAUAAGAACAUUAGAAGAGUCUCACACUGGGAAGAUCUCAAUUGCAUACUCCUCGCGUCCUGUCUCCUCGUCUCCUUCUCAAAACCCACUGGAGGAGAAGGUCAGAGGGGAGGGACCUCUGGCUUUCUCAUCCAAUGGGUUUUGAGAAGGAGACGAGGACCUGAGGACUCGAGGAGAAUGCAUUUGAGAUCAUCACACGCUAUGGAGAGGGCCAAGCAACAAAUCUACACACACGAAGGCAGUGUUUUAUUUUAACCACACGGGGGCGCCAAUAUUCUCUUACGGGUUUUAUUUUUUUGACUGGUAUAAGUUUUUAACCUGAGGCCCUAAAAGUUAAAUUUUCCACAUAUUCUACACUGCACAUUCCCCCAUUGUUCAUACACAUUGUUAAUAUAUAAAUAUAUAAAACAUAUAGAAUGAACUAUCUAUACAAUGGGUUUAUACUUCAAUAAGGUGCCACCAUAUUGCUGCUGAAGGACAGAGUUUAAAUAUUUUAUUAAGGUUGUGUUUAUUUAUGUCGGGAGGAUUGGGAUCUGGUCGCCGCCGACAACCACAUGUGAAUGUCCUGGAUUAGAAUUGAUCUGCUUCUCUUUUUUCUUUCUUUCUAUGGCUGAGAUAUAUUUAAAGUAAAAUAUAGAUGAAAGAUAAAAUAGUUUUAUGAGAUUAGGGGUUGUGUGUUAGAUUCUGUCUGGUUGUGUGUUAGAUUCUGUCUGGUUGUGUGGAGUCCUGGACAGAGAGAAGAGAAUAGCACAUGUAUAAGCAAUAAGCAGGCAUUUUGUUCCUCUCGGACUUCAAAUAUAAUGUACAUAAAUGUAAAGUUUCAUUGUGUAAAUGAUGUACACCAUAGAAAGAGCAGAGCAGAAAUUGUAACUGAGGUUAUUAUUAUUAGAGUUAAUAUGCAAAAUGUUCAUAUCUCAUCUGUUUUAUAUCAUGUGAAAUAAAUGUUGAUGUUCUUAA